GCCUGUGCUGCGGGAGAGAGAGUAUCGCGCGCGUGUGCCCUGACAGGUGGACGGCAGGAGACGGAGCGACCAACUGCUCGCGGGCGACAUAUCCACAGGAGCGGCCGGCAGGGUCGGCAUGGAGACGAGUGCCGAGGAGGGCCGCGGCGCGCCGGCGGUGCGCGCGGUGUGCACGAGGCAGGCGUGCAAGAAGUACGGCCAGGUGGCGGUGCUCAGAAACCUCAGCAUGACGGUCCAGCAGGGCACCAUCUACGGUCUGCUGGGGGCGAGCGGCUGCGGCAAGACGACUCUGCUGAGCUGCGUGGUCGGGCGUCGACGCCUGGACUCCGGCCAAGUGACGGUGCUGGGCGUCGCCCCGGGCACCAGCGGCAGUGGCGUGCCUGGCAGGAGGGUCGGCUACAUGCCGCAGGACUUGGCGCUGCACCCCGGCUUCACCGUCAGGGAGACGCUGCACUUCUUCGGCCGCGUGUUCAACAUGAGCGCCGAGCAGGUGGAGAAGAAGCUGAAGUUCCUCCUGGAGAUGCUGGACCUGCCCGCCGCGGACAAGAUGGUCCGCCACCUCAGUGGCGGCCAGCAGAGGCGCGUGUCGUUCAUGGUGGCGCUGCUGCACGACCCGGAGCUGUUGAUCCUGGACGAGCCGACGGUGGGUAUGGACCCGGUGCUGCGGCAGGUCAUCUGGGAGCACCUGCGCUGCGUCGCGGACCGCUACCACACCACCAUCAUCAUCACCACGCACUACAUAGAGGAGGCUCGCCACGCGCACAGGAUAGGCCUGAUGCGCAGCGGCCACCUGCUGGACGAGGACUGCCCGGGCCGCCUGCUGGCCAAGUACGGCUGCCCCAGCCUGGAGCAGGUGUUCCUGCAGCUCAGCGAGAAGCAGGAGCGGGGCCUGGCCGCGCAGUCAGGAGCACUGGGCAAGUCCAAGAAGGGCUCUCGCGACAUAACGGGAGUUACCUUCGAUCUUCCUCAGCUGACAGAUGACGCGGAGUCUGAAUACUGGCUCUCGCAACAGGACUACGCCGCCAGGGACUCCCAGAAGGUGUGCGGUCUAGCCUCGGGCGCGACGCUCAGGGCUCUGCUCUACAGGAACUUCAUGACCAUCAGGAGAGACCCGGCGUUCGCCAUGUUCGUGUUCGGGCUGGUGGUGGUGACGGUGACCUCCAUCUACCUGGCGUUCGGCGGCGAGCCGUGGGGGCUGCGGCUGGGCGUGGUGAACCGCGACGCGGACUGCUCGCGCGCGGCGCCGCUGCGCGACUGCCGCCUGGCCGAGCUCAGCUGCCAGUACCUGCGCCACCUCGCCUACCCCACCGUCGUCAAGGAGUUCUUCAGCAGCAAGGAGGCCGCGCUGGAGGCGGUGCGGCGGGGCCGCGUGUGGGGCGCGCUCUACUUCAGCGAGAACUUCACGCGGGCAGUGCUGGACCGCAUCAGCUACGGCCAGGCCGUGUCAGAGGGCAGCCUGGAGCAGAGCAACGUGGACGUGUGGCUCGACAUGUCCAACCAGCUGAUCGGCGGACUGCUGAGGGAGGAGCUGCGAUUCAGGUUCCUGGAGUUCUCGCAGAGCCUGUUCGUCGCCUGCAACUACAGCGCCAAGGCCGGCGGGGUGCCCGUCAGGUUUGAAGAGCCGGUGUUUGGAAGCAGAAGGCCGACAUUCCUCAACUUCACAGCCCCUGCUUUGCUGCUGUUCGUCAUGUUCUUCUUCGGGCUGGCGCUGUCCGUGUGGACCAUCAUCCACGAGAGGAAGGAGGGGCUCCUGGACCGCAUCAUUGUCGCAGGGGUGACGUCGUUCGAGAUCAUGCUGUCGUACUUCCUGUCGCAGCUGGCGAUGAUGUGCGGGCAGGUGCUGCUGCUCAUGGUGUUCUCCUUCUUCAUCUACCAGAUAGAGUGCGUGGGCAACCUCGCCCUGGUGCUGGUGCUCACCUUGCUGCAGGGCAUCAGCGGCAUGUUCUUCGGUUUUUUGAUUUCCAUCAUGUGUGAUAAUGAAUCCACGGCAACUCAUAUUGGUUCUGGCUGUCUUUACCCAAUGAUAUUUAUGUGUGGCAUCGUGUGGCCGGCGGAGGGCAUGCACGCGUCGCUCACGUACUUCUACAGGCUGAUGCCGCUGACCGUGCCCGUGGAGGCAAUGCGGGCCGUGGUGUCGCGCGGCUGGCCCGCCGACAAGCCCGAGGUCUACAUGGGCUUCGCCGUCAGCGUCCUGUGGAUCGCCCUGUUCCUGGCCAUGAGCGUGCUGGCCAUCCGCUACAAGAGGCUGUAGCCGGUUCGGCACGGCCCGGCAGUACAGCCCAGCGCUCGGCACGGCCCGGCAACCCAGCCCAGCGCUCGGCACGGCCCGGCAGCCCAGCCCAUCGCUCGGCACGGCCCGGUCGCCAUAGAUAUGCGACGACGUAGACUGAUCCUCGUCAAAGAGUAACGACGACGAAAGCUGCGCUGCUUUGCAGAAGGUUUAAUUUGGCAAUGUAACUGUCAAAAUAAAUUGAUUUAGGCUGUGUCGGGACACGGCCGCAAGUUUUUAAUGUGAAUACAUCAAGCAAAUGAGAAAAUAAAAAAAGACAGUAGUUCCGAUCAAGUGUUUAUAUGAUUCCAAUACCAGUGUUUUUUGCUGUUAAGCUGGAGUCACAGUGCCAUGACGGACUUGAUCCCGACACGCUCAGAAGCCAAUGAAAUACAAGGUCGCCGUGACGUCAACACGACAAAAUAUGCGCGUCGACGGCCCGCAAGAAGUGCGAUGUUAUUUAUAAUUUCGACGGAAAGUAAAACGGAAACCUUACAGAAUUUUACCUCAGAAAUAUUUGCUUUCUUGGUAAUUUUUUUUUGCUGAAAAAAGAAAUUUCGUUUUACGUUUGGGUGCACUUUCACAUUCGUAAAAAUCUGUCUGAAUAAUUGAUGUAUUUGUAUUUUGAUUUCUGCGCAUUGCGAUAUUCACAUAAAUUUAUAUGUAAGAAUUACUCUGACAAUUUAACCACCUUUCAACCCCCCCCCCCCCCUUUUCCCAAAAAAAAAAAAGGAAGAAAAUACGGUGCCUGGGGCACAUGCCUCGUCUGUCCCACUCUAGUUACAUCUCUGGUAGGUGUUUUAUUCCAGAUCAGUUGUUUACAUAUUCGAUUGUGAUAAAUUUGUCAACUGAAUGCUUGAGAGACCAGCAUGUGCUCGCUAAGAAAAGCGGUCGAAAGAGUAUUCAGCCAAUAAAGUGCUGCGGAGGUUUCAGCCGAAUCUUGUAACAUCGGCCUAUAAGCUCCAGCUCAAAUUCUGUUUAUUGCAAUAUUUCUGAUGGCAACUCAAAGAGUAAUAGACGUACAUAAUUUUGGAGGUAUAGGACACUACGUCGCGAAAUUGAAACUUUGCAGUAGAGCAAGCAAGUUUCCGAUUUUAUUCAACUUUAGUUUCUUUUUUAGGUUUCUUCUUUAAUAGAAGAAAUAGUUUAUGACGCUUUAAAAUAUUUUUGUUCAAUAUCUUUAUUAGACAAAAAUAAUAUUUUUAAGAUGGAUAUUUGUUUUAUUUUUUAAUUUAUAAAUAAUAUUUGGGGGAAUAGCACAUAGUAUUUGUUUAUAAAAACUUCAAUUAGGACUUUAAUGGUGUAAGUGCUCUAUACCAAUACUUAGAGCGGAAAAUGUUCGAUUUGCACAUGGUGCCAACUGUUUUUUUUUCUUGUAAAAAAUGGACAUGGUGUUUUUUACCUCUGAAGUAUGUAAUAAAGUGUUAACAUAAUGUUGACAUAAUGGAGUUAUUUUUUUUUUUACUUGUAACCUUGUGUUUCAUUGCCGGUUGUCGGAAAAAGUGUGUGUAGUGUAGGAGUGAGUUUUACAAAUACAGAUCCAAGACUGUCAGAUAAGCAGAACUUCAUGAACUAUGUUUUAUUGUGGAUUACCGAGUUUAUACCAUAUUAUUUGGAUCUAGGAAAAUUGCUAUAUGUUUUCACCUUUGAUGUGUCUCAAGUAAUACCUGAUAAAUAAAGUGAGUUUUGUUUAAAUUUAAA